CUACAACACCGACGGGAAUUCUGUAAAUCGAGUGUCACGGUUUCUAUUGGAAUGCAACGUCAGCUUGUUAUCUAAUUGCUUUUCUUCGUUUAACAGCCAACAAACGGUUUCCAUCGAGCGCAUAUACACUUCAAUCUCUUAUUUUUUAUUAUGAACAUAACAAAUACAAAUAUACAAAGGAGUGCAUUAACCUGACAGGGAGGGAGUGUUUACAUAUCAAGAUACAUUUUCAAUUUGUUAAAUACUUUUGUGUGAGGUGGCCACUCCGAGGAGCAAGCCAAAGAUAAACACGUAUCGGAGACUCAGGCGUCUUUGGGACUUGAGGUAUAUAAAUGUUAAAAUAUACAGCGAAAUGCUUGAAGAAGGGAAAAGUAAUUGGUCGUAAUAUAGUUGAGGGACUUGAUACAUCUUGUAAUCAUAGUGAACGCCCCAAUCAAAGCGUUGGAACAAGAUCAACAAGUGAAUUCCGUGACAAAAACGACAUCGAGUCCCUGUAGAUACUGCCUACACCAUGGUGCGUGCAGGCCUGGUGACUGCCACCAGUCUGGCUCUGACUGGCGCUGUGAUUGCCCAUGCCUACUUUCUCAAACACCAGUUCUACCCCACUGUGGUCUACCUCACUAAGAGUAGCCCCAGUAUGGCAGUGUUGUACAUCCAGGCGUUUGUGUUGGUGUUCCUGUUGGGAAAGUUCAUGCGUAAAAUCUUCUUCGGACAGCUGAGAGCUGCGGAGAUGGAGCAUCUGAUAGAGCGAUCCUGGUAUGCUGUCACAGAGACGUGUCUGGCCUUUACCGUGUUCAGGGAUGACUUCUCUCCCCGCUUUGUAGGCCUCUUCACCCUGCUGCUCUUCAUCAAGUGCUUCCACUGGCUGGCUGAGGACAGGGUUGACUUUAUGGAGAGAAGUCCUAAUAUAUCCUGGGUCUUCCACUUCAGGGUGUUCUCUCUCAUGGUGUUGCUGGGAAUCCUGGACUUUCUGUUUGUUAACCAUGCCUGUCACAGUAUCAUCACCCGAGGGGCCUCUGUCCAACUAGUCUUUGGAUUUGAGUAUGCCAUCCUGAUGACAAUGGUGCUCACCACCUUCAUCAAGUACACCCUCCACACUGUUCACCUCCAGAGUGACAACCCCUGGGACAACAAAGCAGUCUACAUGCUCUACACCGAGCUCUUCACCGGUUUCAUCAAGGUCCUCCUGUACAUGGCGUUCAUGACCAUCAUGAUAAAGGUGCACACCUUCCCCCUAUUCGCCAUCCGGCCCAUGUACCUGGCUAUGAGGCAGUUCAAGAAAGCAGUAACAGAUGCCAUAAUGUCCCGGCGAGCCAUCCGCAACAUGAAUACACUUUACCCAGAUGCCACCCCUGAAGAUCUGCUGGCUUCAGACAACGUGUGUAUCAUCUGUCGUGAAGAGAUGGUGGCUGGAGCCAAGAAACUUCCCUGCAACCAUAUCUUCCACUCUAGUUGCCUUCGCUCCUGGUUCCAGAGACAGCAGACAUGUCCUACAUGUCGUAUGGAUGUCCUCCGGGCCUCUAACCCCAACCAGCCCCCCACCCCAGCCCCCGCCCAGCCCCCUGCCCCAGCAGCACCCGCCAACGCCCCUGUCCCUGGGAACGUUGGCCCUGGAAUGAUGCCCCACUUCCCCCCAGGGCUGUUUCCUUUCUGGGGUCCCUUCCCUGGAGCGGCUCCCCCUGCUGGUGCUCCUGGUCCCCCAGGGGCCACAGACGCCCCUGGGGCCACAGAGGCGGCUCAGACUCAGGGCGCUGGUACCAGUCAUUCCACAGGGGCCAGUACAGUCGGUGCUGCUCCUGCUCCAGGAGGCCCUAUGCCUGGGUUCCCCUUCCCCUCCUUCCCACCCCCACCGUUCCCCUCAGCUCCGUGGCUGACUAUGCCACCACCUCCACCGUUUGUGUCAUCCAUGCCCCCUCCUCCCCCGGCCCUGUCCACCAUGUCAGAGGCUGAGCUGGGGGAGCUGGAGCAGGAGGGCCGUAGAGGCCUGGAGGCCAGACUGCAGUGUCUCCACAACAUCCACACUCUACUGGACGCUGCCAUGCUCAACAUCCACCACUACCUCACUACCGUCGCCACGCUCACUCCUCCUCAGUCAGAAACCAGCAGCGCUGCUGGAGAGGCCAGCGGAUCAUCUCCUCCCUCCACUAGUGCAGAAACCCAGGAGAACCAGGAGAAUGACUCUCAGAGCAGUACAGCCGCUGAACCUGAAGCUGUGAAUGGGGCCACAGGUUUCUCCCAGCCAGACUCUACCACGUUGGGCGACAGUGAAGACAAGCGGGAUGAAGAGGAAGGAGAUGGAGAAGAAGUCGGCGAAGACGGAGAGCCCAACCCUUCAGAGCUGAGGCGCCGUCGUCUCCGCAAACUCGAGACCACACCCCUUCCUCCUGACCACUGAUACAUGCCUACUGAUGCAUUCUGGGAACUGACUUAUCAAUCAAUACAUUAUUGAUUACCAAUCAAUAAUAAGAGAUGUAUUUUAUUUUUCUCUUUUUCCUCUCCUGGCUCUGCGUUUUGUGCUGUUUAAACUCAGACAGCCAAGAGAGAGGAAGAAGGAACAACCGUUUUGUUGUUGGAACAUAUUAAAAGCAAGAUUGUUUUCUUUUUCAACUGCCUGACAUCUUACCAUCCAUAUGCAGGUGUUUUGUUUCACCACUCUUCACCCAAUACUGAGGAGUGAUAUUCAAACACACAGACCGGACUUCUUCAAAUACAGACCUGACCGGAGAUCGGACUUCUUCAAAUACAGACCUGACCGGAGAUCGGACUUCUUCAAAUACAGACCUGACCGGAGACCGGACUUCUUCAAAUACAGACCUGACCGGAGACCGGACUUCUUCAAAUACAGACCUGACCGGAGAUCGGACUUCUUCAAAUACAGACCUGACCCGGAGAUCGAACUUCUUCAAAUACAGACCUGACCGGAGAUCGGACUUCUUCAAAUACAGACCUGACCCGGAGAUCGAACUUCUUCAAAUACAGACCUGACCGGAGAUCGGACUUGAUUUCUUUAAAUAGACCUGACUUCUUCAAAUACAGACCUUACCUGAGAGCUGAUUUCUUGGUCAGUGACAGCAAAGUGGACAAGUGUUUUAAAUCUCAGGUCACUGCUACUUCUCCUUCUACCGUGGAGUCAAUCAGUCAAUCCAACUGUGAGAGGUUGCCUUUUUCUUCGUCACUGUAAAAUGUAUCCCCCUUAUUGUCCUGCUUGUCAGACUGUGUUACAUGGAGGCCUGACCCUUUUGAGUUAAAGCAAUGUCUGAAAUGGGCCCCCUAUUCCCUACGUAGUGCAUAGGUCUCUGGUUGAAAGUAGUGCACUAUCUAGGGAAUAGGGUGUAGCCAUUAGCGUCCUGAGUGAUGAGAUUAUACUUUCUGUUUUUGUCAUUUCGGAUUUCUCAAGAUUUUGCUGCGGGCGGGUUAUUAUAACGUAAUAGGAAAGUGGGUUGAUCUAACCUGUACAUACUGUAAAGUUUUACUAGGAGGAUCUGUACAUACGGCAGAAUAAACCAAUGAAAUGUU